AUUCCUGAAUCCUGAGCAGGUCCGACGUUCCUUAUUUGUAUUUGUUGUUCUACAUAGUCAUUUCUGAAGUUGCUCCAAGUCCAGGACCACAAUGCAAUGACCAGGUAGAGUGCACCCUAAAACCCACUACGAAAUUGUAUUCGUAGCGGGAAUAUGACAUUCAUCCCUGAACCAGUACUUUUGAUCCCAGCCAAGGGUUCUAGUCACACACAUAGAUCAACCCAGUGACGGUGCAAACAUACAGAUCCAUUUUAUCGGGCAGGUAUCCUUCUAGUAUAAGACAGCUACCGUCAACUAGGUUUUGUCGCUACGCCCUUGCAUUCCCGUUCCUCCCUGCAUCGAUAAAGCACCAGGAGUGAUGUCCAAGCCUGAGCUGACACUGACUCGUUCACCAAGUCACGAUCCCAACUUCGAGAAGGGCAAGCACCAUGUCGUCCAGUGCAGUCUUUUACGCUCCAUUUUCAUCGUCGUGACCUGCACUGCUGCAAUGGUGGUCAACACUUCCAAUGCCGCUUCUGUCUCUAUCUCGCUCCCAACCAUCGAAAAGGACCUAGAUAUCGACGAAGAACAACUGCAGUGGCUCGUAUCUUCCUAUUCACUCAGUUCGGGUUGCCUUCUGUUGUUCUUUGGCAGAUUGGCGGAUCUUUAUGGAAGAAAAAAGGCGUUCAUGAUCGGUACUCUAUGCCAGGUUGCCUUUUCUCUUGGUUGUGGCUUUGCACAGAAUGGUCUUACCCUCGCCGUCUUGUGCGGAUUCCUAGGCAUUGGUACCGCCGCUACAAUACCCUCUGCACUCGGUAUCCUUGCGCAUUCAUUCCCUCCAUCUAGAGCACGCUCAAUAGCAUUCGCAACUUUUUCAGCGGGUGCUCCUGUCGGAGGCGCAUUUGGCAUGAUGAUAGGCGGUGUGCUUACAGAAUUUUCCUCGACGCACUGGUCCUCUGUAUUCUAUUUGACUGCAGGAAUUUCGGCUCUAACAGGACUUACCGGUAUGAUUUCAUUCGACGCAGAUGUUCCCUCAACCGAAAUCGUCAAACGUGUCGAUUGGAUCGGCGCGUUGCUUAUCACCGUCGGUUUGGUAUUAAUUGUAUUUGUACUUGGUCAAGGAGAACUCGCUUCGCAAGGUUGGAAAACUCCAUAUAUUAUUGCGCUUCUCAUCGCCGGGGUUAUCAUGGUAUCACUGUUCCUGCUUUGGGAACGAUACUUGGAGCAAGUCCAAGAUGAUCCAUCAAGAGCACCGUCCGCGUGGAUGCCACCGCCAUUGAUGAGGCCCUCGAUUUGGACGCGAGCAAGGGGUCGGAUGGCUGUUAUCCUCGUCAUCGCAUUCCUAAAUUGGAGUGCUUUUAUGAGCUGGUGCUUCUGGGUUCAGUUAUACUAUCAGAACUACUUGUUGCUCCCGCCUGUAAAAACCAUGAUCCGGUUCAUUCCGAUGUUCAUUGUCGGCUGUUUGUGCAACAUUUUCGUCGCAAUGGUCGUUGCCAGAUUGCCCUUGGUCGUCUUUGUAGUCAGCGGAACGCUACUGACAGCAUCUGCCGGCAUCCUAUUUGCGCUGAUUGACCCGUCCGCAACAUACUGGGCCUUUGGCUUCCCGUCCACGGUUCUCGUCGUGUUUGGCGCUGAUUUUGUGUACUCCUCUGGUACAAUUUUCAUCGCCAAAAUUGCGCUCCACCACGAGCAAAGCGUUGCCGGAGCGCUAUUCCAAACUAUGACACAGCUCGGCAUUGCAUUCGGUCUUACUAUAACCACCAUCGUGUUCAACACUGUAGUUAAAAAGGAGUCUGCUGAUCCUGGCGUUACUGUCAACUCCGCUGGCACCAACACGCCUCAGUCCGCACAGCUUAAGGGGUAUAAAUCUGCACAAUGGACUUCCGCUUCAUUUGCGCUUAUUGCUGCGCUGCUGGCAGUGCUUUUCCUCCGCAGUGUGGGGAUUGUUGGAGACAAGAAAACUAUCAAGCAUACUGACUCUGAUCAGACCAAGAUGUACUAUGCUCGUCGUUGCUUAGACUCUGGCAUUGCAGUUUAUCCAACAAGUAAGCAAGGACCUACGGGUAAUACCCGUAGAAAUUUCACGCCCCUGGUCAAAAGCACAGUCGACCGAUUCCGGUGA